UCCGCCCGCCUUCCGUUGUCACGCGACCACCUCUACGUCCCGCCCUUCCCUCUUUACCUCCGGGCCGGCUUGGCUGGUGGUGAGAUACUCGGUCCGCAGCUGUGGAAGUGGCGACUGCAAGCGCAAUCACGUCCACGACAGCGACCAUGGCAGAGUAUCAAGCCCAGAAUAAAGCCAAGCUCAUCUCUGACACGCGACGGAGGUUCGAAGCUGAGUAUGUGACAGUUUUUCCCAUAGAGAAGUCAGAUAAAUACGAUCCACGUGAUGUUGAAAGACUACAACAAGAUGAUAACUGGGUUGAAAGUUACUUACUUUGGAGGCAUAAUGUUGUAGAUGAAACACUGAAGAUGCUUGAUGAGAGUUUUCAGUGGAGAAAGGAAAUGUCUGUCAACGACCUGACCGAAGCCUCCAUUCCCAGGUGGUUAUUGGAAAUUGGUGGCAUUUAUCUCCACGGUUAUGACAAAGAAGGGAACAAGUUGUUCUGGAUCAGGGUGAAGUAUCAUAUAAAAGACCAUAAGACCAUACUGGACAAAAAGAAGCUUAUUGCAUUCUGGUUGGAACGUUAUGCUAAGAGAGAAAAUGGGAAACCUGUGACAGUGAUGUUUGACCUAUCAGAGACUGGAAUAAAUAGCAUAGACAUGGACUUUGUACGCUUUAUCAUCAACUGCUUUAAGGUUUAUUACCCUAAAUACCUCUCAAAAAUGGUGAUCUUUGAUAUGCCUUGGAUAAUGAAUGCUGCUUUCAAAAUUGUGAAAUCCUGGCUUGGUCCAGAAGCAGUGAGUCUGUUGAAGUUUACAAGCAAAAGUGACAUCCAGGACUAUGUCAGUGUCGAAUACCUGCCUCCCCACAUGGGCGGAACUGAUCCUUUCAAGUAUAGCUAUCCACCGCUAGUAGAUGAUGACUUCCAGACGCCGUUGUGUGAGAACGGGCCCAUUGCCAGUGAGGAUGAAGCUUCUAGUAAAGAAGAUAUAGAAAGUGAUGGCAAAGAAACCUUGGAAACGAUUUCUAAUGAAGAACAAACAGCUCUUCUUAAAAAGAUUAACACAACCGAACCUACUUCCAAAGCAGAAGAGAAUGAAAAAGUUGAUUCCAAAAUGAAAGCUUUCAAGAAACCACUGAGUGUGUUUAAAGGGCCCUUAUUACACAUCAGCCCAGCAGAAGAACUGUAUUUUGGAAGUGCAGAAUCUGGAGAGAAGAAAGCUUUAAUAGUAUUGACAAAUGUAACUAAAAACAUAGUGGCAUUUAAGGUGAGAACAACUGCUCCAGAAAAAUACAGAGUCAAGCCAAGCAACAGCAGCUGUGACCCUGGUGCAUCAAUUGACAUAGUCGUGUCUCCCCACGGUGGUUUAACGGUCUCAGCCCAAGACCGUUUUCUGAUAAUGGCUGCAGAAAUGGAACAGUCAUCUGGCACGGGUCCAGCAGAACUGACUCAGUUCUGGAAAGAAGUUCCCAGAAACAAAGUGAUGGAGCACAGGUUAAGAUGCCAUAUUGUUGAAAGCAGUAAGCCAACCACUCUUACAUUAAAAGACCAUGCUUUUAACAUGUCAGAUAAAACCAGUGAAGAUCUGUAUCUGCAAGAAAACCUUUCGCAUAGACACAACAGAAAAGCUCUCCUUUGUGAAGAAGCCAGAGCAGAAAUGCUCAAUCGUUUACUAGAAAGCAAUAGGAAGCUUGAAGACCAAGUUCAGCGCUGUAUCUGGUUCCAGCAGCUGCUGCUCUCCUUAACCGUGCUCUCGCUUGCUUUAGUCAUCUCUUUCUUCUAUCUGUUGUACAGUUAAAGAAGUGGUGCUCCGUAGCAAAUCUGGCUCUUCCGUUCAUUAGCUGGAAAAAGUAAGACCCGGAGCUUCUCCACCACGCUGACAGUGUCGCACAUCUGUGCUUCCACCGAGGAAAUGUAUGACAUUUAGGAGGGGAACUGGAACAUCUUGAAAAUAAAGUGUUAGAAUAAGGAAACACUGAAGAAGUUGAUUAUAAGAGACUAUAGGUAGUUAGGAAAGUAAGUAAAGGCAUUAUCUGUUGUGUGAAUUAAUAGUUGAGAUAUAUUUAUUUUUCCCUUUUGAUCUGGAUACUUUGAAAGCUUGUUUUAUCGUGUAUAUAUAUGUCAGCUGAACGGAAAAGUCAAAGUAAUGUGCUUUGUUGCAGCCAAAAAAUGUAAUCUGCUUUUUUUUUGGACAGAAUUAUUAUAGCUGAGCCAACUUAUUUAGCUUUUCUAUACUAUGUAUAUAGAAGAACACGUAUAUUGCAAACCCAUACAGAGUAAUUUCUGUCACCAUGACUCUGUAACUUGGAGAACUACUAACAGAUGCUCGUCCAUGUCCUUUUGGAAUGUACAACUACUUGAUGCCAAACCACCGUUAGCCUUUGUUUCUUAUCCGUCUUCCCUAACGGCCUGCCUGCCUUUUAUUAAUCAUGGACUUUUUAAUGAACACUCACACUCUCAUUUAGGGAGAAUUUGGGGAACUAAGUCUGGUUGGAUUUUCUCUGAAUUCUGUUAGGAACGUCCAGAAGGAAGACCUCUCCAGUCCCACUCUCCAGUCUUUCGUAUGCAGGUUCACGUUACUCUCUAUAGCUGGACACGGACCCUUUUGCUUCAUUUAUUAUAAAUAUAAAGGCUUGAUUCUCCAGUGUACCGUCUUCACCCUCUCUUCUCAAUGAAAGGAAUUAGAGAAAAUGUUCUGAAAAGUUAAUCUUUGAGAUGCAUAGCAAUAUAAUUCAUUUCCAUUUCACGUCCUUAAAAUCAGCCAUGAGAAGGGAACUUGACAAAAGACUGGAGUGUCUCUAAGGACAAAAAAAACAUCGAAACUCGAGUGUCAGUUCUCCGUUUAAGAGUGAAAAAUGGAACGCAGUGCCCGACUGUAGAGCCGUCAGAGCAGGGCUGACCGAUUCACUUGACGCCCCGCCUCCGCCACAGUCACGCUGAGGAUGGUUCCUAAACCCCUAAAAUGACACACGCUGCCGGAGCGGAGGCUAACGGAAGUAGUUGGUUUUCUCAUUAAUAUACCCACUUUCAGUCCGUGUUGGUUCACAUGUAAAUCGACUUUAUAUGAAAGAAAAAAAAACAUAGUCUGCCUGUUAAAAUAAAUUUUGAGUUGUGACUGAGCCACGUUUGGAGAAUGUUUUAUUCCGAGGUGUAGUGUUGGCGACUUGCAUCUUGAGAACUUGAUGAUUCCAAAACUGAGCUCCGAAGAAUGAUAUACUAGAGCCCCUUCAAAAUUGGCCUAGGAAAUAAAACCUUAAAUGGACA